UGGUUAACAGGCAGAAGGCCUUACGAUCAGCUGACUGGUGUAAGUGAGAUUGAUUCUAACAUUUGAUCAGAGAGAGAAAGAGGGAGGAGGAUAGCUUCCUGUCUAUAAACAGCAGCAGCAUCAAUAUACAGAAGGAAAAACCGUAAGCCAUACAGCUGAAGUCAUGUCAUCGAAGGAAGAGCAGCAGCUCUGCAGUCUCUACAGAGCGUAAGCAUUCAGCAGCCCCAGCUAACCGGAAUGCUUCAUUGUCACCUAAAACAGGAUUGAACAUCUGUUUAACACCUGCUUUAUUAAUUUGGAAAAUGGUACUUGAUUCAGGGCCACAGUCUUUUCAGAGGACUCCAAAAGGCAGACAAGAAACUGCAGAUAUGUCUGCUGUGAUCAAGAGAGAACCAGAAAGAAAAGUAUCUGACAGAAAUGGACUACGUCCUCAUUAUGGCCUGUCUUGUUCCAUACCAAAAACUGUCACAUCAUCAGUCACAAGGUGCAAACAAAGAACUACCUCUAGGCCUGAUGACCGGAGUUCACGUGUGAUGCCAUCUAGGUGUUGUAUUGCACCACUAUUAAAUGGACAGUGUAGCUGGAUGAGACGUAGUGAGAGCUCCUGCAGUGUUAAUAGCAGAAACAGUUGCACUCAGAGUCGUAUCCGUAAUGCAACCUCCUUACCUCACAUUGCCAAAUACAGCAAUCGAGAAAAAAACUCCAUUACUAAAAGCCCAUGCUUGCUGGUGGCACUGAGACCAUCUAAUAUUGAAGAGGAGAGAGAGCGAUUCUUCUCUUCUGGCUACAUGUACAAUCCUCAGUUUGAAUAUGCAGAACAACCAUCUGAUACAGUGCUGGACAAGUACAAUGUGGCAUCUGACCGUUUCCUCACUCAGGCUGUCAGGAUCAUGCAGGCAGUGCUGAAGAAAUACGGAACAUAUGAAAACUAUGAAAUCGUUACAGGUGGAAAUCUUCUCAGCAAGAGCAAAAUCUGGUCGUGUGUCCGCAAAUAUCUGCAAAAGGAAAGCUGUGUGGGAGAGGUUGUGGUACAACUUACAGAAGAUCUUCUGUCUCAAGCUGUCAUGAUGGUUGAAAAUUGUCGACCAACACUAACCAUUAAUCUAGCAGGGGCACGUCAGUACUGGCUAGAAGGGAUGUUACGACAUGAAAUAGGAACACAUUAUCUCCGUGGGAUCAAUAACAAUCGACAACCAUGGCAUAGCUCAUCAGGGAGGAAGCAGUAUGGUCUAAAGCCAGCUAAUCCAACAGAAGAAGGCUUGGCUAGUUUGCACAGUGUCCUGUUCCGCAAGUAUCCCUUUUUGUGGCGAGCAGCACUGCUCUACUACACUGUCUACAAGGCCAGUCACAUGACCUUUUCUCAACUAUUUCACGAGAUAUCACAGUUUGUACAAGAUCCAUGUGUACGGUGGGAAUACUGUGUACGGGCCAAGAGAGGCCAAACUGACACAGCUGCUUUAGGGUGCUUCAGUAAAGACCAAGUUUAUUUAGAAGGGGUUCUUCAGAUACUCCGGCACAGAAAGGACCUUGAUUUCAAGCUGCUAGUACGACUGGGAAAGGUUUCAUAUGAGGACGUUGAUAAACUGAGAUUGCUGGCAACACUUGACAGGACACGGAUUCCACACUUCAUGAUGGAUCAAGAACGUUACGUGGAACAGCUGGACCACAUAGUCGCUGUGAAUGGGCUCAAUGAUGAUGAGCUCUGUCAGCUUAUUCAGAACUGACGAUGACACCAACAUUACCCCGAAGAUCCAAAGCUGUACCCCGAAGAUCCAAAGCUGUCUGACUCUAUACCUCAGCAGUUUAAGCACCUGUUUUGUUAACCAGAGUGCAGUGAAUCAGACAUCAGUGUUUACUAGAGGGAAAACAAUUAUGCAUGGUAUUUAACCUUUCCAAAGGUAAAUGAAAACUCGAUGCCUCAAAGAGCUAUCCAGCUUACUGGGGAAGGGAGGUGCAUUGAAUAGUUUAAUGUUACAGCAUAUUGCUAAUGAAAAAUCAAUACUGGUUAACUGGCCUAGGUUUUUUUAACCUUCUGUUUAAGCCCACCCCAACAUCAGGUAAGGAGUAAUUAUGUGAAGAAGCACAUUUAUAUUUCUGAAAAUACCUGCCACCAUCAGCAGAGUUGUCAAGGUAUUAACCUCUGAACCCUGGUAUCCAGAUUUGGUUAUCAUCUCUCUCUCUCUCUCUCGCUCUCUGUGACGUUAAAUGAGUCACUUAAAUUCCUUGCUCUCCCAUGCCUCACCUCUAACAGGAACAGGAGGUAGCAGUGUUCUUUGGUUAGCAUUGUUUGUAUUUUACUGAACAGUAUUAACUUAAUUCCAUUUCAUAUUGGGACUGUGAAAGACUAGGAUGUAAUUAAAUUCAAUGCAGUGAAUGAUAGUUUCUCAGCUGUCUUUGUCUCCUUCAUAUUUACAGUGUGUAGUAAAUGUUGUGUUCAUUACAGAACAUCAACACAGAACAUUAUGUGGUAUCUGCACAUAAAAGUAAGCACACUUAAGUUGUUAAGGUUUUCUAGUUUAAGUUCCUGAGAACUGUACAGCAUACUUGCAUUUUCACUUUUGUACUGCAGAUUACCCAAGGAGGAAGUAAUACAAUAAUGUUAGCUGUAAAAAACAAGUAACUGUUUCAGCAUGUAAGGGUUGUAACAGGAAGGAAUAUCGUUCAGUACUUGUUUCUGACACAUUUAAUAAAAUAUACAGAAAACUAUACUUUCAUAAUCUAGUGGCCAGCUGGGCCUAAUGCCACACUGAAUUGGAGGUAAGCUACUUGUUCACAAGUGAGAUGACAAUAUUUGGAUAAGAAAAAAAUCAAAUAAAAUGGUGAUGGCUCUCUCGGAGAAACAUUCAACAAAUAUGUUUCUGAUAUUGAGUGCAAACCUAAAUUAGAAAAUACCGAAGCCAGUAAAUUGAUACACCCACAUGUAAAAAUGAACAUGAGAUAAAUUAUGAAGCCACAUAACUGGCCUAAUAUUGUAAGGUAAUAUAAAGAAAAAAAUGUAAUAUUUACAGCCAAGAUGAUGUGAUCAUUAGGCAUUCUAGGAACUGUAAGACAGAACUGACUACAGACUUCAAGCCUAUAUUGUACAUGCCCUGUUUAUGUAAAAGUAAGGAUAAAACCCUCUGUUCAGUAUUAAUUAUUCAUAAAUAAACAGAAUGGGCUACUCAGGAUUAUAAACCGUAA